UCACAGGGCUUUUCCUGGAUGCGGGAGCGGAGAGAGAACCUGCAAACACCGUUUACUUAUCAGUUAGAGUUUUUUAGACAGAUUACAUUAAAACUAUUGGAUGAAUGUAAUUAUUGAUUUCUGCUUCGACAGGUUAACGACAUCCCGGUGAAAAAUAUGUGACUUUGAUGCCAAAUUCUGUGUUGGGGUCUUAUCAAAUCAGUCAGCAAGAAGGGGAGCUUUGCAGUCAGCUGGUGAACAAAGAAGUCACUCCAAUGUCUUUAGUGGAAGAUAUUGUGCAUGUGCUGCGCAUCGUCCUGGAGUACUUUGGAGUGCAUCCAGACAUGCUGGUACCAGUGUGGGACAGUCAACUGUGUGGUCAGUAUCGCAGCAUUGUGCGGAUGAUUGGGACUAACCUCCCACUGGCUCCUGCAUCACGCGUUCACUUCCAGGUUCCCAUGCUCAGCUACAAGUAUCAUGGUCAUGAUGAAAUCACCACAGGAGCACCUUCCAUCCCCUCAUUAGCCGACGUGAUGUGGGUGUUUGAAGAUGAAGGGGACAGCUUUGCAAGGACAAGGAACCAUUUACCAGCAAAAAAGCGAAGUAAUGGAGAUGUGCUGAGGUUCCCAGGGCCGUAUCAGCCCCAAAGAGGAGGCCAGUCUUUAAGACGGACAGCUGAUCCAGAUGCCCUUAAGAAGAUCAGCGCGCUGGAAAAUGAGCUCCUAAAACUACGAGCUCAGAUAGCCAUGAUUGUUACUGCCUCUCCUGACUCAGGUCUCCCUGAGUCCCACAAUUCACCAGCUUUGAUGUCUCCUCCUCCUCAGCCAACUCUUACCUCUACGCCUCGCUGUACUGCUCCUCCUCCUCCACCUCCACCUCCACCUCCUCCACCACCUCCUCCUUGUAGUAGUGCCUCCUCUGUGUCAGAGCUGAUCCACCAGCGUAGAACAAAUGGAAAAGGGCUUGAUAAGAGUCAGCUAAGACCUCAGAAACAAGCCAAAGGGAUACCAUCCAUGUUGGAUGUUCUUAAAGACUUAAAUCAAGUUAAAUUACGUUCAGUGGAGAGAUCACCGGGAGGAACGCCGGCUAGGAAGAGACACAGUAAGGGAGGACCUGCAUCACUCAGUGACCCAGCUGCUCUUAUUGCUGAAGCACUGAAGAGAAAGUUUGCCCAGCACCGGCAUAACAAUUCUUCAGACAAAGAAAACUCUCUCGAGCUUUCACCUUUUGGCAGUCCAGAAACACACAAGGUUCCUCUUCACACCAGACGCAGUCAGGGACGCCUCCACCUCUGAUCCUGUUCAACCGCGUCUUUUAACAUAAAAAUGUUAAAAAUCAAACAUCCUUCCAGACAAAUGCAGCCGACUUUGAUCGCCUUCACACACCAAUUGUUACUGCAGCUAAAAUCUUACAUUUCUUUUUAUUUUUGUUGUCUGUUCUUUUAUUCUCUUUUAAAAGUUUAUUUUACAUGAACAAAGAGAACAGCUAUUGUUAAUUUUUCUUUGUUGGGAAGCUUGAAUGUAUAUUUUCUGUCACGGUGAAUACUGUAAAGAAAGGUUUUGGUACUUUUGCUUUUGUGCUAAUGAGUUUUAUGUUUCCAGUGUUAUUCAUGCAUUUGUGAUAUGUUCAUAAAGAACAAUGUGUUUAAACAAGAA